GCCGAAUAACGCAGUGAUAUAAUCACCGCAAAGUUUUUAUCCAUAAUAAUGGCCGUCGGCUGUUUUAUCUUCCUUUUACUCCUAUCAUUCUCUUCCUUUUCUCUUGCAUUCUCCGAUGCCGACGCAGAACACAUUGCUCGCCGCCAGCUCCUCCAUUUUUCGAUCAACGGCGAGGUUGAUUUUUCCGGCGAAGGUUUCGAGCAUAAACUCGACGUGAACCUUGAGUUUGCGAAUCACAGGCAGAAGAAAGCUUAUGUAGCUCUCCAGGCAUUCAAAAACGCCAUCUUUUCCGACCCAAAAGGGAUCACAAAAAACUGGGUCGGCCCACACGUUUGCUCCUAUAACGGCGUCUUUUGCGACCACGCUCUCGACGACCCAGAGCAAUGGGUGGUCGCCGGAAUUGACAUCAACCACGGCGACAUCGCCGGCCACCUUCCGAUGGAGAUCGGGAUGUUAACUGACCUUGCUUUGAUCCAUAUGAACUCUAACCGUUUUUGCGGGAUCAUCCCAAAGUCCAUAUCUAAUCUGAAACUUCUGUUCGAGAUCGAUUUCAGCAAUAACUGGCUGGUCGGGCCGUUCCCGGAGGUGAUUCUGGAGCUGCCGUCGUUGAAAUACCUUGAUCUCCGGUACAACAAUUUCGAAGGCGCGUUGCCGCCGGCGCUGUUCGACAAAGAUAUGGACGUUAUUCUGUUAAACAACAACCGUUUAGAAUCCAACCUGCCCGAGAACUUCGGAAACUCAACCGCCUCAGUAAUCGUGUUGGCUAACAAUGAAUUCUCCGGGUGUGUCCCGAGCAGCAUUGGCAGAAUGGAACAGAGCGUGGAACAGAUCCUGCUAAUGAACAAUGACUUCUCCGGGUGUUUGCCGGAGGAGAUCACUUUGCUGAGAAAUGUAACGGUGUUUGAUGUUCAGCGGAAUAAACUGGUCGGGGAAUUGCCGGCGGGGUUGGAGUAUAUGCAGAGUUUGGAAGCGGUUUCGUUUGCUGGGAACAUGUUUUCUGGGCAUGUUCCUGAUGGGCUUUGCAGCUUGCCUAACCUUAAAAACCUGUCGUUUUCCGGGAACUAUUUUGAGAUGGAGGAUGAGUCGUGCGUGCCGCGGCAAGAUGGGGUUGAAGUUGAUAAUAGUGGCAACUGCUUUCCUGAACGGCCGGGCCAAAAAUCGGCCCAGAAAUGCUAUGAAUAUUUGAGCAAGCCUGUGGAUUGUAGUAAAAGUGGGUGCAGAGCUGCGCCUAAAGGCGUCGGUGCUACUAAGGAGACGCCUAAACCAAAACCACCGGUUUCCUCGCCACCACCGCCCGUUGCCUCUCCACCACCACCUCCACCUGUCUUCUCUCCACCCCCACCUCCACCUGUCCACUCUCCACCACCACCCCCACCGGUCUACUCCCCACCCCCACCCGUUUUCUCUCCACCGCCACCUGUCUACUCACCACCCCCACCUCCACCUGUCCACUCUCCACCACCACCCCCACCGGCCUACUCCCCACCCCCACCCGUUUUCUCUCCACCGCCACCUGUCUACUCACCACCCCCACCUCCACCUGUCCACUCUCCACCACCACCCCCACCGGCCUACUCCCCACCCCCACCCGUUUUCUCUCCACCGCCACCUGUCUACUCACCACCCCCACCUCCACCUGUCCACUCUCCACCACCACCCCCACCGGCCUACUCCCCACCCCCACCCGUUUUCUCUCCACCGCCACCUGUCUACUCACCACCCCCACCUCCACCUGUCCACUCUCCACCACCACCCCCACCGGCCUACUCCCCACCCCCACCCGUUUUCUCUCCACCGCCACCUGUCUACUCACCACCCCCACCUCCACCUGUCCACUCUCCUCCUCCACCUCCACCUGUCCACUCACCACCACCGCCGGCACCCGCAAAGUCUCCACCGCCACCUGUCUUCCGUGACGUAAGACUUCCUCCAAACUUGGGCGCUGUGUAUGCAUCACCGCCACCACCGAUAUUCCAGGGUUAUUAAGACUGCAACAUCGACAUCUUAUCUCUAUACUGUAAUAUCGUUCAUAGUCGUUCAAAAGCAACAUACAACUGUCUGCAAAAAUGUAGUCAAUGUUUAGUAUUCUGCUGCAUAUAAAUGGAGAGAUUUUACCUCAUUCGUUAAA